AUGUCAGAUCAAUGCCCCAUCUGUCGCAACAAAUUGUGUCAGGGACCGCCCGACCCGAAAGCAGAAAUCAACGCGAUCUUAAGCCAGUCUCGGGACGCUGCAAGGCAGGGCCGAGAGAAUCAGAGAGAGGAGUUGAGGUUGCAGGAGCAGCGGAGAGAUGCUUUCCGAGAGGCCGUACAUCGCAUUAUGGAUGCGGAGGCGCCUAAUGGGGAGAUGUGGCGGAUUAGUGCACUUGUGAGGCGUUUGCGCGCUGAUCGCUCUGCUGGCCGGUAUGAGUUUGAGUAUGAUGAGGCGCUUGAGAUGCUAGGUACGAUGCACGCUGAACGGACUGGAAUUGUGGUUAUCUCCGGCUUGGUGCUCAAAACCGAUCUGGCUGAAGAUGAUGCGGAGGAGGCUGAGGUCGAAGACCUGGACGAAAGUGCAGAGGAUAUCAGUGAGGAAAGUAGCGACAAGGCAAGCGACAACAGCGAUAUGGACGCUGGAGAGGACAUUGGAGAGGAGAGCGAGGCUGCUGGUGAGGCGAUUCUACCUCAUAUGGAAAGGCAGACUGCCGAGAUGAGCCAGUGA